CUCGUAGCUAUCUCUUCCUCCCCCUUGCUUCCUUAGCGAUGGAGAUUUCAGCUGCAUUCUUGGGCGUUGGCCAGGUCUACAGGCCUUCAACGCCUUCGUCUUUCCAUUACAUUCCGUCGGCAUCCACAGCCGCUUGGAUUUGCAGAAGAGUUCUCUCCACAUCAUCGCCGCGGGAACCGCUUCACCCGUCGAAGAAUCCGGGCGGCCGCCGCCGCCGUUGAGCAUUCGUAAGGUCAAGCUCUCCAAUUCUCGGAGGCGCGAGUCGAGUUCCUACUCGGCCAGACAAUCCGCCGUCGUUGAGGUUGAAAAAUCCGUCGACUUGGAAUCUGCUCUCCAAAGAUUAAGAGGGGUUUUGAAGCUGUUCGAUUGGAUGGAAAAGCAGGGGAAGGUUUCUGUUGCGUCCUAUAGCAAUUGCAUCAAGUUCAUGGGAAAAAGUCUUAACCUCACGAAGGCAUUGGAAAUCUAUAGAGGGAUACCAGAUGAAUCAACAAAGAGUAAUGUCAUCGUGUGCAAUUCUGGUCUUAGUUGCCUAGUUAGGAGUGGCAAGUUCGACAGCAGCAUCAAGUUGUUCCAUGAGAUGAAGCACAGUGGUUUAACACCUGAUGCCAUCACAUAUACCGCAUUUCUAGCAGGUUGUAUCAAAGUGAAAGAUAGCUACGAUACAGCAUUGGAUCUGGUUCAGGAACUGAAUUUUAGAGGGUUGAAGAUGGACAGUGCGGAGACUACAAGAAAGCUGAGGGGCUGGUUCAAGAUAUGUAAUCUUCAGGGCUUGAACCAAUUUAGGCAGGUAAUAUUAACAACAUUACUAAAGGUGUACAUGAGAGGAGGCUUGUUUAAGAAGUCCAGGGAGCUAUUGUCUCAAUUGGAAUCCUUGGGUUAUGCAAAAGAUGAGGGACUAUUUGAAACGGCUAUAUCGCGAUAUAUUGCAGAACCUGAAAAGAAAGACCUACUUAUCCACUUACUGAAAUGGAUGCCCGGACAAGGCUAUGCUGUAAACUCGUCCACAAGAAAUGUCAUUCUUAAGAAUUCUCAUCUGUUUGGUCGCCAUCUUAUUGGUGAGAUCUUGUCCAAGCAACGGCAGUUGUCAAAAUCUGUGAAGUCUUAGCUGAUGGAUAAGUGAGUUGACACUAAAGGAAAACUGCUAUGGUGCGCGAUAAACAAAGUUGGAUCAACAUUUGCAAGGGAUUUCCAAACUGCGCUGUUACACUUGAACCCACUCCCGAAAGAAAUCUGCCAAAUCCUGUCUCCCUUCUUCACCUUGCCCUUUGCUUCUAGAUAAGAAAGUUCAUACCAGACUGAUGAAGACGAAGUGUUACCAAAUCUAUAAAGUGUCAUCCUUGAAGCUUCUCCAUCUUCAUUCUCCAGCUUCAGAUUCUUUUCAACCCCGUCGAUUAUGGCCCUUCCCCCAGCAUGGAUACAGAAAUGCUUGAAAGCACGUUUGAAUCUCGGCACCACCACAGCUGCUUCCCUCUUUGCUCUUCCUUUCCCAAAGAUUUUCUGACAAGUCACUAACCAACAGUACUUGAGCUGUUCUGAGUAAGGCAGCACGAGGGGUCCCAACUCUGAUACAUUAAUCUUCAAAGCACGAGCUGCCACUUGUAACAGUGACUUGGACAGUGAAACCCCAACAACAUCUUCCUCAUCCAUUUUCUGAACGACUGAGCAGUAGGACUGUUCAUCUGCUCCCAUGUGAGUUCGGACGAGAUGCUGAAGCUCAUAAUUGGCUCUCCACUUGUCCUGUUUCUUGUUCGACAGCAGAAUGGCAGCUCCCCCCAUUCUGAAUAUCGUGUUGGCUACCAGCAUGGACUUUGUUCUGCCCCGAUACCCGUUUGGGGUUACAGCUUCCAUGCUGAGAACCAGAGCAAGUGAAUUUUUGUGAACUUUGAAGAGUUCUUCAAUCAUGCUUAUCGAGAGAAGCCCGGCGCUGCAGCCCAUUCCGCUCAAGCUGAUGCUUUUAACAUUGCUUCUGAGUCCAAACCUGUUGAUGAUCAUGGAUGUGAUGGAUGGAGUGGGGCAGAAGAUGCUGCAGUUUGAUAUCAGGAUAUCGAUCCCUUUUGGAUUUAUCCUGUGCUUCGAGAAAAGAUCUUUCACCACCUGGAAGACGACUUGCUCCACUUCUUGUUGGGAUGGGUCGAAAGAAGUGUUGGGAGGGAGCUCGUGCACCGAGAUCGGCAUGUAUGCUUCGUCCCCUAUCCCUGACCUAUGAAGAACCUUUUGCUGAAAAUCUCUGUUCUCUCUACUGAAACCUUCUGUUCUCUCUAUAUGCUCUGUGAAGUUGGGGACAGGUGCCCGCUGGUGAUCUGGUGGGCGGUAGCAUGUGUAGUCUAUGAGGUAGACAGAGGAGGUGCUGUUGCUUCUGAAGGCAAGAUAGAGAAAUCCUAGCAUCAAAAGAGCUGCCCCAGCUUCAAUGAAGUGGGUGAAGAUGAUGGAAGAAUGUUCUGCUGUUUCUGUGAUGGUGGUAACAGAAUAAAAAAGAGACCAAUCGCUGAACAGUAAUAACAUAUCGGUUCCCAUUGCUGGAAAGCUUGAAAUUUUGAUGGGCUCUUUGUCAGGUUCUGUUCAAGUUGGAUUUCAUUUUAUAACUGAAUUACUGCCACGGGAAAAAUAUGAUAAGCGUGACAAAAAGGAAGAAGGAAGUUGCAGAAUGCAACUGUUUUGGUUCCUUUACAUCCCAUAUUUGCGCAUGAGUUUUGAGCUGCUUUUCGAGUUCGAUGCUUAUGCUACUGAACUGGAAAUGCGUGGAGUUCACUGCAAGAAGAGAGCUAGUAAGCUCAAACCUUGAAUUCAGCACAUUUUCCCUCUUCAUCCUCAUCUCAAAAUGCAGAACAAAAUGGUGAGAUCAUUCAUCAAAACAAGAUAUUUAGGACAAAUGUUGAGUGUCGCAGU